CUUGUUUUUAAUCCCAAUUGAAAUCAGUCAAUAAGAAUCUUCAAUCAUGACUGUAACAUAUACCUCUCGCGUUAACACCUCUAGUGUAGUAAGCAAUUUUUUGGGCUUGCUGGUCAGAUGGCGCGGCAGUAUUUACAAAUUGAUAUGGUUAGACUUAAUUGUGUUCUUUGGAUUGUACUGCAUACUGGCGAUUAUAUAUCGCCUACUGAUACACGAAGAGGGCAAAAGGUUUUUUGAGGCUGUUAUUUAUUAUUGCGAAGUUAAUGGUUCGCUCAUUCCAUUGUCCUUUGUGCUUGGAUUUUUUGUAAGAAUUGUGAUGAAGCGCUGGUGGGAGCAAUACACCACCAUUCCUUGGCCAGAUGGGAUUGCCAUUCUGAUCAGCACCAGCAUCCAUGGCUCCGAUGACAGAGCCAGGGUCAUGAGGCGAACCAUCCUGAGAUAUGUGUGCCUGUGUCAGGUGAUUGUUUUUACCAUGAUUUCACCGCGUGUGAAGCGUCGAUUUCCCACCUACAAUCAAAUCAUUGAAGCUGGGUUUUUGCUCGAGAACGAAAAGAAGAUCAUUGAGACCUUGGACCAAGCUUUUCCCUCAUAUCCAAAGCACUGGAUGCCCAUCGUCUGGGCUGCUAGUAUUGUGAUGAGGGCCAGGAGGGAGAACAAAAUCCGAGACGAUUACGCGGUUAAGACGAUCAUCGAUGAGUUGAACCAAUUUCGCGGAUAUUGUGGCUUUUUGCUCUACUACGACUGGGUCACUGUUCCUCUGGUUUACACCCAAGUGGUUACCGUGGCCACCUACUCAUUCUUCUUGUUCAGUCUCCUUGGACAACAGUGGAGCCCAAAAAAGGGCGCUGAGGAUGGAUUUAGUAUUAAGAGAUGGUUUCCCAUCCUGACGGUUCUUCAGUUUUUCUUUUACAUGGGCUGGCUUAAGGUAGCCGAAACUUUAAUAAAUCCUUUCGGAGAGGACGAUGACGACUUUGAGCUAAAUUGGAUAAUAGAUCGGAAUCUCACUGUUUCUUAUUGCAUUGUGGACGAAAUGCACCAGGAGCAUCCGGAACUGGUUAAGGAUCAGUACUGGGAAGAAGUUUUCCCUAAUGAAAUGCCAUACGCUGUACCAAAAAUGCGCCAGAAUCCCCCGGAAGCUUCUACUGCCUAUAUGGAAACCCAAUCCCAGAAGAGACAUCGGAAUGCAUCGGCAGCAUCGGGAUGGAGUACCUUCUCGCGGACUAAUUUUCCACGGAACUUCUUGGGAAGACCAUCUGCCACGGGGAGCUACUCGGACUCUUUUCAAAUGGAAGAGGGCCCAUCUCGAGUGACCUUCAGUGACAAUCUGUUGGCAUCAGAAAUGGAUGACCUGCAGAGUUCCCGAAAACCUUCGCAAUCCACAGUUGAUUUUAACGAGCUUAUUGAGCAGCGUCGUCGUGAGCGCAGGGAUCGAAUGCGCCACCGAUAUAUGGAUAUGCGAAGCACCCAUCUCCGCCACGACCCUUCCGGUGCUCCCUACACAAUCACGGUCCUUCGUCCUCCGUCGGAUGAAACCGUGUCGGAAUACCUGGAAGCCGGUGAGGGAACCCAGCAGGAUUCAUCAAGCAAGGCUCCUCCUCCGAAUAAGACAGAGAAGCACGAUUAGU